AUGGGAACGAGAAUGGAGGUGGCACAGCUUGAAAGCAGAAUGAACGCUGAGGAUUAUAGAAAGUUACAGAACCUUUUCCUUGACUUCUCAGGUGCAUCCCGCUCCUUGUCCCGAAUUCAGUUCAUCGAUCUUGCUUGGUCAUCAGUUGGCCACGGGUCCGAGGAGGAAUAUGGCUUCUUGUUCGACAGCGUGGUUCUCAGUCAGCAGCGCAGUGGCCUCCCCCUGGACAGCGACACCUCAAAGGAGAAAGAAUGCAUUGACUGGGGAGGCCUGUGCUCAUUUCUGCUGAUGGAGCUUUCCAAUAAAUUAAAGAACAGCAAAACUGUUAGUGCGCCUUGCUGGAAGCCACCACGCACCCUCACCUGUCCACAUCGAGACCCCGUUCAAAAGGUGCUGUACCUGCAGAGUUCAGGUCAGUAUCUCACUGUGAGUAAAGGAGGAAACGUAGGACUGCGGGAUGCGGAGGACAUGUCCCUUCUGCACACUCAUCGACUGCAGAACAGCACAGUCGCACCCAAGGACCUCUGGGUCACAGAUGUGGUGCUGCUGCAAAACGUGGACAAGAUAGCUGUGGCUUUCACAAGUAAAGAGGUGUGUUUUUAUGACUUCGUGUGUGAAAAGACCUUCAGCUGCAAGUGUAAACUCCAGGGCUUGAACUUUACUCCUUGGUGUCUAGACUACUGGGUAGAUCCCUGUAACCCUGACCAGGCUGUUCUCACUAUAGGAGACAUUGGAGGACGGGUCAGUGCUUUAUAUUUCACCUCAGCCCAGAUCUUCCUGUUUGAGAGAUUCAGUCUAAGGACCGACUCUGACUCAGCAGACAUCAUCCUUUGGGAUGAUCUGGCCAAAGGCAAGCAUCGCUCCUGUUACACCGUGACACACCAAGCACACGCGCCUGGCUGGGUUAGAAAAGUGCGUUACCUGGGCUCACUUGAGGCCUUUGUGUCGUGCAGCAUCGCACCACAGAGCAGCAUGGUAAUUGGCUGGAGGGAAAAGGAAAGCAUGAGUCUACGAAUCACUUCUUACUCUACAAAGGGCGGUGUGUGGGACGUCGACUUCCAUAUUGGACUCGGCCUGUUAGCCACAGCAGGUGUGGAUCAUCACGUCUUGCUGUGGAAUCCUUACGUGACGUCUGAGCCGGUGUGUGCGCUUGGUGGACACACAAGCCCCGUCAUUGCCGUCUGCUUCCUGCAGACCAAGCAACAACUCCUCAGCUACUCCAAAGAUAAGGUGCUCUGUCUGUGGGACGUGUCCAGCCAGCUGUGCACACACCGUCUGGCCGGUGUCUUUCCAAACAUACAGGGGGACACACACCCCUUCCUGUUUCUCAAUGAGGAGCGCCAGCACCUCGUGCUUUCAUUCAACAGCCUGCUUCUCCUGCUGGAAUCCAAGAGGGAGGAGAAGAAGACCAGUAGCCAUGAACAUCCUGUUACCUGUGUGCUGUAUAACAGUCGGUUCAGACAGGUAGUCAGCAGCGACUCUGCCUCCUCUGUGAUCUUCUGGCUGACUGACACAGGACAAAAGGUCAAGCAGUUCCACCGUUGCCAUGGUGAUGCUGAGAUCUCCACCAUGGCCCUGGACGUUACGCAGACCCGACUGUUUACCGCGGGCGCCGACGGAGAGGUCAAAGUGUGGGACUUUAACGGCCGCUGCCUUCACAGAAUGAAUGCUGGCCUGGGUCGUGCUGUCAGAAUCUCCCAGGUGUUGUUGCUGAAGAGAAGCAUACUGGUGAUGGGCUGGGAAAGGAAAUUAACAGUUUUCCGCCUGCAUUCCUUCUUGCAGUCUACUGUUGAGCCCUGUGAGUGGAAGGGAGGACUCCAGCAUCGCGGUGCUGUACUGUGUGCCGCGUUCCAGCCCCCAGAGACUCUAGUCACAGGAAGCUACCAUGGUGAGAUCAUAGUGUGGAACAGCAGCACAGAAAAAGCUUUGAGGAAACUGCGGCCACAUGACGAAGGGGAAGACUGCAAGAAGCAGCAAGGUGCCACUUUCAACGACAAGGACUCGGACAGCUGCGAUGCCAUCACCAGACUGUUCUUCAUUCCAGGACGCACAUCUGUAACAACUGCAGGCGCUGCAGAUUUGGUGUCCUGCGGGGGUUCAGGUACGGUCAGGCUCUGGAGCACCCAGCACGGCUGUCUGGUAGGACAGUUCACGGCCCACGACGGGGACCUGGGAUCUAUUGUAAUAGCUGUCAGUCCCUGUGGAGAAUAUUUAACCACAGCUGACAGGGAAGGGACAGUCAAGAUAUGGGACGUGAAGUAUUAUUGCCUCACACCAGGUGAAGGAGUCAACAAAGAACUCCCAAAACUGCUAUCUCGUUUCCAUCCACACCUCGACCACGUGACUCACCUGGAGAUGUGUUUACAUGGCGAUAAGCUCCUCCUCCUCUCAGCAUCGUCAGACUGCAGUCUGGCUCUCAGUUACCUGCCCGGAGAGACCGUCGGUUUGUUCGGACAGAGUGAUCCUUGGUGUUUGGAGAGACCUGGAACGCCACAGCUGCAACAGGAAACGGAGCAGGACCAGAGUGACCGAGGAGGCAAGAAAACACCGGACUAGAAGGGAUGAGAUCACCUCUGGCAAGCGGCGAGACUAAUGUUAACCAAGGACACGACUCUCCUGCAGAGCGAGGACAACUGGGGAUAAAGGAUCAGAAAAAGGCCAAAAGAGACAAAAGAGAAACUAAAGUGGUUGCAAGAGGAACUUUAUUUAGCUGAUUUGAGUUC